GUUUGGUGAUAAUAACAGGCUGGGACGAGCUACAAUUAGCUGGUGCGACAACAGCAGCUGCGGGUUAAAGGGACAGGGGGUGGAGUGUGCAUGGGAGGAUUCUGGAGCUACUGCUAGUACCUACGGUGUGUGCUUGGAGAGACGGACGCCGGGUUGUCAGGUCUGGGAUCCACAAGAGCUCUCCUGAAGGAGGAAGUGACUGUGGUUUGAGAGGCUUCCUGUGGGAAGAGCUUUGUGUCUCGGUGGAGAAGGCUGGAGCACAAGGAUGAUGGAUCGGUAUAAGACCCCACGCACCAAAGAGCUGGAGUUUGGAGGGCCCCUGGGAGCCAUGAUCCUCAUCUUUCUCAUGCCAGCUACCAUCUUCUAUCUUCUGCUGACAUGUCGCACUGAGCAAGCCAGCGUGCUGAACUUCCCGCCCCCGCUGCCACCCCUGAGCACCCUCUGGAGCCCCCACACCUUCCUGCUGCUUCUGGCUUGGGUGGGACUCCAGGCUGCCCUCUACAUGCUGCCUAUGGGGAAGGUCACAGAAGGGAUCGUCCUUCGAGACAAGAGCCGGCUCCAGUAUCGCAUUAAUGCUUUCCAUGCGAUGGGGGUCACGGCCCUGGUGGUGGGGGCUGGACUGGCAGCCGGGUUGCGCCUCAGCUACAUCUAUGACCACUUCCUGCAGUUGGCUUUCUCGGCCUUGCUGCUGGCCUUCGGCCUCAGCUUCCUCCUCUACUUCAAGUCCCUCUUUGCCCCAGAGACAACACUGGCACCAGGCGGGAACUCGGGGAAUCCUAUCUAUGACUUCUUCAUGGGCCACGAGCUGAACCCACGCAUCGGCUCCUUCGACCUGAAGUAUUUCUGCGAGCUGCGGCCAGGCCUCCUCGGCUGGGCACUGGUGAACAUGGCCAUGCUGAUGAAAGAGACUGAACUGCGGGGCAGCCCCUCGCUGGCCAUGCUCCUGGUCAAUGCCUUCCAGCUGCUGUAUGUGGUGGAUGCACUUUGGAAUGAGGAGGCCAUCCUCACCACCAUGGACAUUGUACAUGAUGGGUUUGGCUUCAUGUUGGUCUUUGGGGACCUGGCCUGGGUGCCCUUCACCUACAGCCUGCAGGCCUACUUCCUGGUCAACCACCCCCAGAAGCUGAGCCUGCCCAUGGCUGUCGGGAUCCUCUUGCUCAAUGGUCUGGGAUACUGCAUCUUCCGCAGCGCCAAUUCCCAGAAGAACACUUUCCGAAGGAACCCCAAUGACCCCAGAGUAACUGGUCUCAAAACCAUCCCCACAGCCACGGGCCGGCGUCUCCUGGUGUCUGGGUGGUGGGGGUUUGUACGCCAUCCCAACUAUCUGGGAGAUAUCAUCAUGGCUCUGGCUUGGUCGCUGCCCUGUGCACUAGAUGUCUGAGCUGCAUUCCUCUGUGCUUCACUCAAGCUUAAAGCAUUGCCUUCCAUGAGGGACCAUGAUGGAGCUUACUGCACGAUUGGUAAUGCUUUAAUGAAAGAAUUUAACAAUACCGCAACCACUACAGUUGGCUGCAAGCUUCACCUUGGACAUCUGAGAAUGGGUGUGCCUGAAUUCUCCUCUGCUGCUGUAAGGAGGUGCAAGCCCACAGCAGAAAGGUCAGCCUGACAGAUGCAUGGGUCACGAUGAGAUGGAGGGUUUGUCUUCACUGCAAGAGUUAGCUCAAAUGAGUACGCUGGAGUUACUCUCACUUGAACUCAACUAGAGUAGGUCUACACUGCAAUCGGACGUGUGAGUGCAGCCUAGACUGGCAUAGCUAGAGUAAAACUAGUGUGGAUGCACAGGCUUGUACAGCAUGUGCUGCUGCAUCUUCACUAUUUUUAGCCAUGCUAGCUAGAGUAAAGCUAGUGCAGGUAUGUCCCCCCUGCCAAAAAAGCUGCAGUCAUGCCUCAGAAAGCAGUGUAGACAUACACUGAGAGCACCUGCACCAUGAAACAAUUAUUGGAGCUGUACAGAGAGAUUAGAUUAGCAGUUGAUGUGCUGCUGUAACUCAAGCUGUUGCAUUACUGGCUUGAGUGGCAGCAGUCCUCCAGCUUCAACCUCCAUCCCCUUGCGAGCCAGUUAGCUUGAUUUUAAAGCACCAUUUAAUUAGUGCUAGAGAUUUCUGUGCGGACAGGAGUCCGGUUAGGAGCAAAAGUUGAGUUAAACCUUGAGCGACCACCAAAAAGAAGACAAGCCCCAAAGAGAGAGAAUCACAGCUGGGAGUCAGUUUUGGCUUGAAGUGGAAUACAAGUUUGGUUUGCUGUGUCUGUAAGGGCCUGAUUAUUUGAAGGACUGGGGAAUGCUGGAGUGUGGUUUUGGACAAUGCACUGAUGUGACAAUUUUAUUAAAAAUAAAUGAAAUGCA